GAAACCCCGCCCCACAAAAGCUCCCUUUUCCACCCAAACUCCGCCCUGUCCGCCCUGGUGGCGUCACGCGCUCCGCUGCUCAGUGCGACGUGUCCCUCGGCCCGUGGCAGUCAUGGAUCAGGUAAUGCAAUUUGUGGAACCCAGUCGUCAGUUUGUGAAAGAUUCCAUACGACUUGUUAAGAGAUGCACCAAGCCUGACAGGAAAGAGUUCCAGAAGAUUGCCAUGGCAACAGCAAUUGGCUUUGCGAUAAUGGGUUUUAUUGGUUUCUUUGUCAAAUUGAUCCAUAUCCCAAUCAACAAUAUAAUUGUAGGUGGCUGAAUAUUCAUCAUGAAGAAGACAGUUGUGACACCUGCGGCAAUGAUUUCACAGCUUUAAUUUGUUUGAUAUUAAACAAGCUCAGUUUGGGUUUUCAAA